CACCGGGGGUGCUGCUGCCGACACCGGAGCCGCUGCUGCCGACACCCGAGCUGCUGUUACCGACACCGGAGCUGCGGCUGCACCCACAGCUUGAGCUCCUGCCCGGCCCCGGAGCUGCUCCGACCUCGGGAGCUGCGGCUGCUGCGGACACGGGAGCUCCCCCGACACGGGAGCUGCUGUUACCGACACCGGAGCCGCUGCCGGCCCCGCUCCGCUCCCGCAGGAUCCCGCUCGCCCUCGGCCCCGCCUGAGCGCAGUCUGGAGAUGCUCCAUCCUGCCUGCAGCCCUCGGCUCCCCAGGAAACCUCUGAUCAGAGCUGGCUUCUAGGAGAGACCCCGGCCCGCAGUCCCAUGUCAGCGCCCUGACCCCAGAGCCCCCGCUGGCCGCUCUCAGUACAAUCAGACUAUGCCCACCUUCGGGAAACCCUGCUCAGAGUGACCAGAGGACGAGAUUUGGCUGUGGGGGGAAAACACCAGCUCCAAGCCAAGCUGGAGAACCUAGAGCAGGUCCUGAAGCACAUGCGAGAGGCUGCGGAGCGGCGGCAACAGCUGGAGCUGGAGCAUGAGCAAGCACUGGCUGUCCUCAACGCCAAACAGCAGGAGAUCGAGCUGCUGCAGAAGGCUCAGGUUGAAGCCAAGAAGGAACAUGAAGGAGCAGUUCAGUUGUUAGAGGCCAAGGUGCGGGAGCUGGAGCAGAAAUGCCGGACGCAGAGCGAGCAGUUUAAGCUGCUGUCGCGGGAGCUGGAGCGGUUCCGGCAGCAGGCGGGCACCAUCGAGCUCCUGGGCACCUCCUCCUCCUCCUCCUCCUCCUCGCUGGCCCCGCCGGGGCCCCCCGGGAAAGCCCUGGCACAGCUGAUGAACGGCAUCGCCACCUCCAUCGGAAAAGGCCACGAGAGCCCCUCUGGAAGUCGCUGUGUGAUCUCAGAGUUCAUCAGACCCCUGCAGGUCUCUGGGGACAAACCAGAGCAGCUGUCUGUCAAACCCACCUUCCUGUCCAAGGCCAGGGCUGGCACCCCAAGAUGCAGAUUUGAUUCAGACAUGGAUAAUGAUCAGAAUUCCAAUACCUCAAAGCAGAGAUAUUCUGGGAAAGUCCAUCUUUGCAUUGCCCGCUACAGCUACAACCCCUUCGAUGGCCCCAACGAGAACCCCGAGGCCGAGCUGCCUCUCACGGCAGGGAAGUACCUCUAUGUGUACGGGGACAUGGAUGAGGAUGGCUUCUAUGAAGGAGAGCUUCUGGACGGGCAGCGGGGGCUGGUGCCCUCCAACUUCGUGGACUUUGUGCAGGACAGCGAGGCGCGGCUGUCGAGCGCCGCUGGUGCCGCCCGGCUGGGGCACCGUCAGCAGCUACAACGUGCUGGUGGACAAGGAGGUGCGGAUGAACAUCGCCCUGGGCAGCAGGACCAAAGCCCUGAUAGAGAAGCUCAACACCUCCGCCUGCACCUACAGGAUAUCCAUCCAGAGCAUCACCAGCAAGGGCAGCUCCGACGAGCUGCAGUGCACCUUGCUGGUGGGCAAGGACGUCAUCGUGGCCCCCUCCAACCUGCGCGUGGACAACAUCACCCAGAUCUCUGCCGAGCUCUCCUGGCUGCCCACCAACAGCAACUACAGCCACGUCAUCUUCCUCAACGAGGAGGAGUUUGACAUUGUCAAGGCUGCUAGCUACAAGUACCAUUUUUUUAAUUUGAAGCCCAACAUGGCCUACAAGGUGAAGGUGAUGGCAAAGCCCCACCAGAUGCCCUGGCAGCUUCCCUUGGAGCAACGAGAGAAAAAGGAAGCCUUUGUGGAAUUUUCUACGUUGCCAGCAGCCUGGUGCCUCCGCCCCCCCAGCCCCGCACUGCUCCCAAAGCCAAGCCAUUAGCAAGUGCCGGAGCCCCAGAAACCAAAGAAGAACAUUUCGGGCCGCAUUUCAAGCGGGAUGAGUCCUGGGAGCAGACUCGCUCGGUGUCCCCCGGGCACGGACACAUGCUGGAGCCACCCGCCUUCCACGGCCCCCUCCAGGGCAGGAGGUCUCCGUCCCCCAACAGGAUCCUGCCCCAGCCUCAAGGCACUCCGGUCCCCAACACCGUCGCUAAAGCCAUGGCGAGGGAAGCUGCGCAGAGGGUGGCCGAGAGCAACAGGAUGGUGAGGAGGAGAGUUUAUGCUCACUACUGCCUGGGGGACGAGUACCACACGGAGAGCAGCCGCGGCUCGGACCUGUCCGACAUCCUGGAGGAGGAUGAGGAGGAGCUCUACUCCGAGAUGCAGCUGGAGGAGGGCGGGCGGCGGCGCCUGAGCCUGGGCUCGCACGGCACGCUCAAGCUUUUAGGUAACCCAGCCUCUGCAGGACGGCCUGACAGGGUGGAGCAUGCGGGGCGAAGGUCCUCCCAUGGCAGUGCAGUGCCACAAAGGUCUCGGCCCCUGCUGGUCCCCUCCAUUGAUGGCUACGGUGGCCACGACCGCCUCUCCCCAGACCUGUACGAGGAGUCUGAGACAGACCCUGGCACAGAAGACCUUUCCACUCGAAUCUUUGUUGCACUUUUUGACUACGACCCGCUGACCAUGUCCCCGAACCCCGAUGCUGCAGAGGAGGAGCUGCCCUUCAAGGAGGGACAGAUCAUUAAGGUUUAUGGGGACAAAGAUGCUGAUGGGUUUUACCGUGGAGAAACCUGUGCAAGAGUUGGCCUUAUCCCCUGUAACAUGGUCUCUGAGAUACAGGCAGAUGAUGAAGAGAUGAUGGAUCAGCUCCUUAAACAAGGUUUCCUUCCCUUGAACACUCCAAUUGAGAAAAUAGAGCCCCGUGGCCGGCGCGGGGGCCGGCAGCAGCCGCUGACCACUCGCAGGAUGGUGGCUCUCUACGACUACGACCCCAGGGAGAGCUCCCCCAACGUGGAUGUGGAGGCCGAGCUGACCUUCUGCACUGGGGACAUCAUCACUGUCUUUGGUGAAAUCGAUGAAGAUGGAUUUUACUAUGGGGAGCUCAAUGGACACAAGGGGCUGGUUCCUUCCAACUUCCUCGAAGAAGUGCCUGACGAUGUGGAAGUGUUUCUCUCGGACGCGCCCGCGCGCUACGCCCACGACGCGCCCAUGCGAGCCAAGGCCAAAAGGGUUCCUCCCGAGAAUACAGGUACCUCCCGGAGAGCACCUUCCCCCACAGUUCAUCUCCAUUCCGGGUCUCCUCCGUCUCCUGUGCUGGGCUCUGGGAGCCCCGGCAGAGGCAGGGAUAUGGCCUCGAAAAAGAAAAAGGGGCUGCUUUCCAAAGGCAAGAAACUGCUGAAAAGGCUUGGUGCAGUGAAAUGAGUCAUGUGCUCCUGGACAACUUGUAAAGCUUCCAGUCUGUGUACUUUUUUUUUUUUUUAAAGUCAAAACUAGGGCUUUCAUGACUAUGCAGUACUUUACCAGACCGUUGCAUUUUUAACUCUGACAUCAAUAGAGUCAUGCCAAUUGCUUAAUCAAAACAGCAAGGAAAAAAGGUAAAUGCAUUUGUUGUUGCAAAAACAUUUUUUAAAAAGUAAAAAAAAAAAAAAAAAGGCAAAAAAAAAAGGUUAUGGGCUUAAGACCAGAAGAACAUGGUUUUAUUUGAAGACAUCUCAACACCUGCAACUCCAUUGGAAAAAUCUCAGCCUUUAUUCUCCUUUAACCAUGAGUGGGGGGAGAAAACUCAAUCACUAAUUGCUAAGUUCAGAGAGAUCACCCCACUGGAUCCACUCAUUAACAAAAAUGGUCUUGAAACUCCUAGUUGAAUCAGCCUUGAUGUUUUGCCUUAUUACUGCACAAUGAUUUGUACUGUCUAAUAAAUAUGCAGCGUAUACUUUGUAUGUACUGUGUAUGCAGCUGUGUCCAUCCUCCCUGCACCAGUAGCUCCAGGUGAACACUGGGACUGCCCCAGCCCUGUCUGAUGGACUCCUGGCAGUGUGCAAGUGCUGUGCUAAACCCUUCUCAGUUUUGGUCCCCCAGUAAAAACCACACCCUCUACUGGUUUGCCAUUCUCGCUCCAGGGGAACCAGGCAGUGCAAGUUACUCAGAACCUCACCCCAUUUCAAUCUCCAGUUCUGGGGUUCCUGGUUCCCUGUUCUAAGCUAUGGGAAAAAACCAACUGCACACCAAAAGCCCUUUAGUCCCUGUUUUUUUCCGUGGAGGUUCAGUCCUAGGUUAAAAGGCAUUUUCAUUCUGCUGCUGUCAGAUUGAGGCAAGUCCAUCUGCAGUGAAAGGACAAAGUGUUCCAGCCACAGCCCCACGAGGCUGCACCAGGCUCUAUCACCCCCCAACUGCAACAUUGGCAUAUCACAAAAACCAAUCCUCCACACUGAUGGCAGUCAUUGGCUGUUACUAUUUUGUAAUUCUUGUCCAUUUGUAAAUUGUUUUUACUGUUUAUACAUACUUUUCAGACUGCCUUUCUUUUUGUAAUUUACGGAAGGUUUAUAAAUGAAUGAUCAAAGCUUCCCCAUUGUGUCUUCAGAUAACAAUGUAAAUUACUGUAAAAUACUGUGUGCUAGAUUAUAACAUUUAAUUAAAGAAAAUAACUGGCCUACAUUUGUGGUAAAGUACCGUGUGGGUGUGUGCAUGUGUACAAUCGUUGUGUAUUAUAUUUUAUAUAAAUAAAUAAUUUGAUAUUU